CCUCCUCUCCACCCCUUCCAUCUUUUCUUUCUCUCCCCUAAAAAAGCAGCAGCUCAGCGCGCAGCACAGCCUGGCACACGGCGAAGACUGCUCAAGACGCAGACCGAGACUCGCAUUCGCUCUUGAGGUGUUUCUAUUCAAGUUCACCGUGGAUUUCCCCGUGUACCCGAAAGGACCGCUGCGGACAAGAGGCAACGACCGAAGCGCGCCACAAGUCGACGUGUUCGUCAUGGAAGAACUUACGGCGUUCGUGUCGAAAUCGUUCGAUCAAAAAAGCAAAGAGAGCACCAAAGAGAGUAUCACGUACAGGGAAGUUUUGGAGAGCGGCUUGACGAGGGCGAGGGAGCUGGGCAGCCCGGACAGCAACCUGCAGGACAUAACGGACACCAACCACUGCCCCGUGCAUCUGUUCAAGGAUCACGUUGAGCUGGAGAAAGAGAAACUCAAGGACUUUAAUGUUUCCAGGGCGACUGAGGGGAUAUACGAGUGUAAGGAGAAAAAGGAAGACGUAAAGUCGGAGGACGAGGACGCACAAGGCAAGCUGAAGCAGCGAAGAAGCCGAACAAACUUCACUUUGGAGCAGCUGAACGAGCUGGAGCGGCUCUUUGAUGAGACGCACUACCCGGACGCGUUCAUGAGAGAGGAGCUGAGCCAAAGGCUGGGGCUCUCCGAGGCCAGGGUCCAGGUUUGGUUUCAGAACAGAAGAGCAAAAUGUCGAAAACAAGAGAAUCAGAUGCACAAAGACAUCUUUCCCUUCUCCCCAGGUGUUAUUUUGGGCAGUGGCAGCCACCUAGACGCCUGCAGGGUGGCACCUUAUGUCAAUAUGGGUGCCCUUCGGAUGCCCUUCCAACAGGUCCAGGCGCAGCUGCAGUUGGACGGAGUCACACACUCACACCCCCACCUGCACCCUCACCUGGCAGCACACGCCCCCUACCUGAUGUUCCCGCCCCCUCCCUUUGGACUACCAAUCGCCUCCCUCGCUGACUCGGCCUCUGCAGCAGCGGCGGUGGCAGCAGCAGCCAAAAGCAACAGCAAAAACUCCAGUAUCGCCGACCUGCGACUCAAGGCAGGACUUCUGCGGGGCCAGUGGCUCAGUCCACUCCAGGCACAGCUCACAUCCCCAGGACCGUACAAACACAUGUGGAUGUCUGUCUGAGGCCGGUCCACCUGAAGAACUAAAGCUAACCAGGCCGCCAUAUUGACAGUGCACAGGGGUUGAGUAUGGGGGAAACAGGUCCACACACCACUUCUCCAAGACACCCCGACUCACUAAAUACAAAACCGAAAAUUGUGUUAAAAAGGCCAUAUUUGUCUCCAACCACUGUGUUCCCUGCUGCUGCUGAGUGCAUGAGCGCUAAAGGAGGACCGCUGGGACUGCCCUAUGUCCCGCCCCGACAUAAAGCUGUUUUUAACACUGCCAUCGCUCUCCACUCUGCUAAAGCUACAAGUGAAUGCUCUCAUUAUGGUUUGAUUUUCCUCCUGCUGGACUCAAAAAAGCAACAACUUUUUUGUUCUGUGUGCGGCAGAGGGAAAGACAGGACUCCUCCUCGUGGCAUUGGUCUCUGUUAAUUGUGUUGUGUCCUGGGUAAAGAAGUGAAGAUAGCCUUUGCACUUCAGCUCUUGUAUGUGGGUGUUGUUUACCAAUGGCACUACAUGCAGAUACUACUUUACUAAUUGAAGGGGGGUGGGGUUUGAUAUUGUCAUGUGAUCCUCAAAAAGGACGUUAACUUGGAUAAAGGGUUUAAAUACAUGUUUCUUUUUCUAAUUCUGAGGAAUGCAUCAGUCAAACUGAAAUGCGAUGGUGUGCAGUUUUAAGUGCAAUACUGUAAAUAGCAAAAAGUAAAAACAAAGCAGUUAAUCCUCAAUAAUGGGAACCCAAUGAUGAUCAUUACUUUCAUGCACUGUUGGAGUGUUGAUUUCUUUGCAAAACACACCAAGUGUAUAUUUUGCUGAAAAAAGCGCUAAAAACCAGGUGCCAAGCCUCUUUUGAAUCAGAUUUCUGAACAUCAGGUACAUUUUGUUGCUUGUUGAGGAAGACCUGAGCACACUUUCGGAUGCUGCAGAUAUUUAGGGUAUGUGAAACAUUUUUAGAAAUACAAUUAGCACUGUAACCCAAGCCAAACCGUUGUUUACAAUAUGAUCUUGCAUGUUAUAUGUCACAUGUCAUUCUUGAUUUUUCCAAUAAUUCAGAGUGUACUUUACUAAAUAGUUCCAACCCAGAUAAACUCAAUUAGACAAUGAUUUGCUUCUGCUGUCCGAGCAGCGCUGACCAUGUCGAUAAAGUCUGCAGAGUUCAAACGGUGUCCAAACAACUUCCUCCAUUUAGAAUUGUUUCUAUGUCUCCAUUUAAAUUAAACAUAUUGGUGUUUUAUUUAUUGAUUUGUCUGAAAGUUUAUGAAAGAUGAAAUAGUUGAAAUACAAGUGUACAUUUUUUUCAUGGCUUUGCAUUUAUUUUUGUAUGUUUUUUUAAGUGAUGAAUUUAAAUUAGGAGGUGUGGCUGUAGUGCAUUGUCGGCCUAUAAUGUAGCGUGUCCACGUUUACAAACAUUUCAGGGAUGGUUGAAUUGAACAAUACUCCAUGGAAUUCGUUGUACCCAUAUCAAAGUAAUGACCAUUUCACCUGCAAGCAUGCUUAAACAUGAACCAUUGUAUCAUUUGU